AUGAAGCAUGAGUCGCUGCUAACGAAGGCUGAGCAGUUGUCUGCAGUCCGACAACAGGCUCGCAUACAAGCCGAGCAGAGACGUCGCAGAAAGGCGCAGAUGGAGGCAGAGGAAGCUACAUUAUUGCAAGAAUUGCACGAAAAAGCUGUGGUGGACGUGGCGGAGAAAAUCGCUGAGAAGAAGCGGCAACGGUUGGCAGAAGAGCGCAAGUUGCAGGAGGAACUGAGGAAGAUCACCGAGAAGAGAGCAGCUCUGGCGGAGUCAGCAGAGUUGCUCGCCAGAAAGCAUCAUGAGGAGCUUCAUAAGGGCCGCAAGAGGGAAGCCUCUCACCGUCAGAAAACCGUCCUGAAUGAGAAGUCGAGAGAGAUGAAGGUUUCAGCUCAGAGCAAAGCGAUAAGAGAGACUAAUGCAGCCAAGGUCCAGGCGGAAAUGGAGGAGCUCAAGAAGAGGUAUCGGUGGGAGGAUGAGUUCAUCACGCGCCGCUACCUGUUGGUGGUAGCGAAUGCUAGCAGGAUGAUCAACCCUUCUCAAUGA